AUGGCUGAGCCACCUUCCUCCCCUGAUCCUGGGAUCUCCCAAUUUGUUGACGAGCCAUCCACACCGAGCCAGGUUCAUGAUGACCUAGCACUUGCUGCUGAGUCUCAACGUGAUGAUUCCAUUGCUCAGCCAUUACCCAAAACCGAGGUUGCGACAGUUAGGCUGGAGCUCAUCGAAAAGUUUGAACAAAUUCUGGCUAAGACAUCCUUGUCACAUGAAGGUAAGGUUAUCAAGCCUGAGAUGCCAAAUGAGGAUACAAGUGUCAAGUCCGAGAUGCCAGAUAUGGAUAUGGGUGUCAAAUCUGAGAUACCAAAUCAGGAUACGAGUAUCAAGCCUGAGAUAAAGGAAGAUCCAUUCGGCCAGCCUGUCGCCGACAACUCAUCGCCUGGUCCAGACAUGCAUGACCAGGUCAAGUUGGACCCUUUCACGCUUCCUGAAUCUGCAUUAGAGGCAUCGAGCUCUAUCCAAAGUAGGAUGAAUCAGUGGGCCAACAGCCCGUCUCCCAGCCAGCCUGUGCAGACCCAGUUCCGAAUCACUCGAUCUAUGACCAAGGCAAAGUCGUUGACCUCAACCCACAGAACUCUGAGGUUGCAUGAAUAUUCUCUUUCUGGCACCGGGCAGGCUCACACCCCUUUCGGCAUCAUUGAACCACUUGAAACAGCACAAGAAGAUUAUGGCAAUGAGAAAGCACGUUGUCCAACGUCUGGUGGGGCAUCUGAUCUCAGUGAUGUCGAGUUCACUUUGGCUCGUCCAGCGAGCUCCGCAGCAGGAUCAAGGAAGAGGCGCAGACCGAUCUUACCUGCGGACAAGGGGCUGCUCGGUGGCAAAAAGUGA